AUGCGUGGCCUUAGUAUUAAUGCUACAAAUGUUUCUAUCGCUAAAACGGUGGAUAAUGAUGACGAAUUUGAAGAUGAAAUUGAUAAAUUCAAAAAUCACAAUUUUGGUCCAAAGAAAUUCAAGCCUUAUAAUUAUACAAAUAGCAAAGCAGAACCAAUAUAG